AUGUUUUCGCGGAGUAAUUCCAUCGACCGAUCGCAUAACAACCGGUAUAGCGUCGUGAGUGCUGUCUGGGGUAGCUUCUUUCCUUUUUUUAAAUUUCCACUACUUUUUCAUUUUUCCUGCUCCUUUCUUUCUUUCUUGUUUAUUUUGAAAUUUUCUUCUUUCUUUUACAUUCCUUUUCUUGUUGCUUUCUUUCUUAUUUCUUUUUUACCCUUUCAAAUUUUCUUUAAUACUUCCCUUCUUAUUCUUAUUCUUUCUUUCUUUCUUUCUUUCUUUCUUUCUUUCUUUCUUUCUUUCUUUUCUUCCUUGAUUAUUUUUCUGGCUAUUUCUCCAAUACAUGCCCAGUUAUAUCUUAUCUAUUUAUUUCUCAAUUUUUCUAUUUAUUCAUCUUAUUUUUCACGGACUCAUUCCUUCCUCAUCUUUGUUUCUUUCUCCCUUUGUUUAUUUAUUUAUUUCUCAUUGUCUUUUCUUUGUUUCUUUUUCUUCUCUUUUUCUCGUCUUCAUUUCUUUCUUUCUAUAUUUUAA